UCGCGAUGGCGGCGCCGGGCCCGGCGGGCGGCGUGGCCGGGCCGGAGGUGCCCGAGGCCGAGCGGCGAUUCCUGAGGCAGCACCCCCUGCUCAGCCCCGCGGGGCCCGGCAAGGUGAGAUGCAGGCUGACAGGACACGAGAUGCCCUGUCGGCUGUCGGAGCUGCAGGCUUAUACCAGCGGCAAGAAGUAUCAGCGCCUCAUAAAGACAGCCAAAGAGUUCGACUACGACACGUUUGAGCCCCACAUAGUGCCCAGCACAAAGAAUUUACACCAGCUGUUCUGCAAGCUCACCCUCAGACACAUCAACAAGUUCCCAGAGCACGUGCUGCGUCAUGUCCAAGGGAAGCGCUACCAGAAGGCCCUUAAAACGUAUGAGGAAUGCCAGAGGGAAGGAGUGGAGUAUGUCCCUGCCUGCCUGCGACAGAAGAAGCAGCGGGCACAGCAUCCUGAUGACCAAAUGAAUGGGAGCAGAAAACCUCACAGGAAGGAGGAAUUCUGGGAGCCAAAGUCCAGUGACGAGGAUGGAGAGGAGACAGACGACAGCAUGAGUGACCUGUACCCACCUGCGCUCUUCCCAGAAAAAAGCCCAUCAGCUGCACAAACCACAAAGGGCAGCGAUGACUUUGCGACAGACAGUGAGGAUGACGGGGCCAAGAACGGAGAGGACGGUGGAAGGAUGGAUGUCAGCAGAGCCGUGGGCAACAAGAGAGGAAAGAAACAGUCGGGCCCUUUAAAGAAGAAAUUCAAGAGCCAUCAUCGAAAACCCAAGAACUUCAAGAAGGCAACCAACGGGAAAUAAAUUUUAUGACAAAUACCUGG